AUGAAAGGAAGGAACCAAACUAUCAUCUCAGAGUUCCUCCUCCUGGGCCUAUCCAGCCAGCCACAGCACCAAAACCUGUUCUUUGACCUCUUCCUAAGCAUAUAUCUUAUCACUGUCCUAGGGAACCUCCUCCUCAUCAUCCUCAUUCGCCUGGACUCCCAUCUGCACACACCCAUGUAUUUGUUUCUCAGCAUCUUGUCCUUCUCUGACCUCUGCUUUUCCUCUGUCACCAUGCCCAAAUUGCUACAGAACAUGCAGAGCCAAAUCCCAUCCAUCCCCUAUGCAGGCUGCCUGACCCAGAUUUACUUCUUUCUGUUUUUUGGAGACCUUGACAACUUCAUCCUUGUGGCCAUGGCCUAUGACCGUUAUGUGGCCAUCUGUUUUCCCCUGCACUACACCACCAUCAUGAGCCCCAAGCUCUGUCUCUCCCUGGUGAUGCUGUCCUGGGUGCUGACCACAUUCCAUGCCCUGUUGCACACCCUGCUCAUGGCAAGACUGUCUUUUUGUGUGGACAAUAUGAUCCCCUACUUUUUCUGUGACAUGUCUGCUCUACUGAAACUGGCUUGCUCUGACACUCAUGUUAAUUAUUUGGUGAUAUAUAUCAUGGGAGGACUGGUUGUUGUCCUCCCAUUCCUACUCAUUAUCUUAUCCUAUGCACGAAUUGUCUCUUCCAUCCUCAGGGUUCCUUCUGCUCAGGGUAUCCAUAAAGCCUUCUCCACCUGUGGCUCCCACAUUUCUGUGGUGUCACUGUUCUAUGGGCCAGUCAUAGCUCUGUACUUAUGCCCAUCAGCUAAUAAUUCUACUGUAAAAGAUACUGUCAUGUCUCUGAUGUACACGGUGGUGACUCCCAUGCUGAACCCCUUCAUCUACAGCCUGAGGAACAGAGACAUGAAGGGAGCCCUAGGAAGAGUCUUUUGUCAGAAGAAAAUUCCCACCUAUGUAUGA